AUGGCUGCCGGUCUGUGGCUGUGUCUCUUCCUGCCGCUGCUCCUCACGGACGCCAAGAGCGUGGAGCAGCACGACAGCCGGCGAGACGCCCCUGGUAAACCCUCGUCUGGUGUCAAACUGGAACCACUCUGGACCAAGCAGGUCAAAGGUCAGGAUGACACCCAGAGCCUCCCCCUCCCUGAGUUGCUGGAUUUGGAUGUGGAGCGCCACCGCCGUCUGACCCGCGGCGCCGAGGAGGAGGAGCAGCAGUCCACCUUCAGCCAGUCCUUUGAGAACGACUCGGUGACCACGCCGCACGCCACCGAGCUCGACCACGUGACCGACGAGGCAGCCGGGGGGGAUGAUGAUGUUGAUGAGGUCAAUCACCAUGGAAACACCUCCAGCUCCAACGCCCCGGGACUCUACAACCCGUUCUACCCGCUGGUGGAGAGCUCGUACGCCGCCUACGCCGUGAUGUUCCUGGCGGGCCUGGUGCUGGCGGUGGGCGUGGUGGGAAACAUGGCGGUGAUGUGCAUCGUCUGGAACAACUACUACAUGAGGUCCUCCUGGAACUACCUGCUGGCCAGCAUGGCCUUCUGGGACUUCCUGGUCCUGGUGCUCUGCCUCCCCGUGGUGGUCAUAAACCAGCUCUCCCAUAGGAGGAUCCUGGGUGACAUCACCUGCCGUAUGGUGCCUUAUAUGGAGGUUGUGUCUCUGGGCAUCACCUCCUUCACCUUAUGCGCUCUGGGAAUCGAUCGUUUCCACGCCGCCACCUCCUCCUCCCAGCCCAAGGCCCGGCGGGUGGAGCGCUGCCGCUCCGUGCUGCUGAAGCUGGUGCUGGUGUGGCUGGCCGCUCUGCUCCUGUCCAGCCCUGAGAUCUUCUUGUGGCAGCUCAGCCAGACGGUGUCUCCAUCCAGCGGCCGGCUGGUGGACUCCUGCAUCAUCACCCCCACCUCGCCUCUGUCCCUCCACCUGCCGGACUCCCUCCACUCGCUGCUGCUCAGGUAUCACCAGGGUCGUAUGUGGUGGAGCUUCGGCAGCUACUUCUGCCUCCCGGUCCUCUUCACCAUCCUCUGCCAGAUGGCGACCCGCAACGUCAACAGCGACUACAGCUCCGCCAAAAAGAAGCACGACCACGACGACCGCUGCUCCAAUCAGAAGCGUCAGCAGCACCAGGCGGUGGAGCGGCAGCUGAACUGCACGCUGCUGGCGCUAGCCGUGGUGUACGGCAUCUGCGCUCUGCCCGAACACAUCUGCAACAUCACUCUGGCCUACACGCACAUCGCCGUCUCUGAAGACACGGCCGCCAUGUUGGCUCUGCUACAUCACUUCCUGUUGUUCUUCAAGUCAUCGGUGACACCUGUGCUGCUGCUGUGUCUCUGUAAGGCUCUCGGCCAGGCCUUCAUGGACUGCUGCUGCUGCUGCUGUCAGGAGUGUCAGCCCCACACGGCCCAGGGGUCACCCGGCUCCGCCCAGGUCAAACUGAAGGUGGCCAGUGAGACGUCCAUCUUAUUUGACAAGGCUAAAGACACGUCCACCAUCUUGUCCAUCUCCAGCUAG